AUGGUGCCAGUCCCCAGCCCGGGUCAGAACCAAGUCUCUUCUGUGCUGUUGCAGAUCACUCCCGGGAGUAAGGCGGCCCUCGGGAACCUGGUCCAGGGCGACGUCAUCGUGGCCAUCGACGGCGUUGGCACCGACGGCAUGACGCACCUGGAGGCCCAGAACAAGAUCAAGAUGGCCUCCUACAACCUGGCCCUCACCAUGUCCAAGUCCAAGCGGCCGCCUCAGUUAGCUGCCCCCAGGAUGGACGCUGGUUCUAUUCCCAUGAUCCCUCAUCCACAGUCUCCGGAGCUGAACGGCCACAGCUGCAGUCCGUCUCAGAAGCACCAGUAUAACUCUCCCAUCGGUCUGUACUCCGCCGCCACGCUCAGGGAGAUGGCCGCCGUGCAAGCAGGACCGGUCCAGACCUGGUCCAGACCCAAGCAGGUCCUCCAGGCGUGA